GGCGAGCACUAAGUCUCGCCGCGGCCCAAAUUUGACCCCGCGACGCGUUUUGCGAGAUGCCUUCUACCACGCAGUGUUUUGAAAGCUGACUCUUUGAGAUAGCACUCCCAAGAUGGCACGGACGAUCGCUUCGCAUAUGGCGUUUCUUCGAUGCAAGGAUGGCGUAUUAGCAUGGAGGAUGCGCACGCUACCAUUCUUGACUUGAAGCCCGAAGAUGGAGACGGGAAGCCGAUGGACGGGGCAAAGCGACUAAGUUUCUUUGGCGUGUAUGACGGACAUGGUGGUGACAAAGUUGCAAUAUACACUGGGAAGAACCUCCAUAAAAUCAUCGCGAGGCAAGAGUCGUUCAAAAAGGGCGAUAUUGAGCAGGCCCUGAAGGAUGGAUUUUUAGCUACGGACAGAGCGAUUCUGAGUGAUCCGAAGUAUGAAGAGGAAGUAUCGGGUUGCACAAGCUCCGUCGGCAUCAUUUCUGAUGACCAGAUUUUCGGAAACGCAGGCGACUCAAGGACCGUCCUAGGCAUCAAGGGGAGGGCAAAACCCCUAUCCUUCGACCACAAGCCCCAAAACGAAGGAGAAAAGGCCCGUAUUCAGGCUGCCGGUGGCUUCGUUGACUUCGGCCGCGUAAAUGGCAAUCUCGCACUUUCGCGCGCUAUUGGAGACUUCGAAUUUAAGAAGAGCGCAGACUUGCCUCCAGAGCAGCAAAUAGUCACAGCAUUCCCUGAUGUAACCAUUCACGACAUAUCCGAUGACGAUGAGUUUCUUGUUGUUGCGUGUGACGGUAUCUGGGAUUGUCAGUCUUCCCAGGCCGUCAUCGAGUUCGUGCGACGGGGGAUUGUUGCUAGACAAGCUCUAUCCGCGAUCUGUGAGAACAUGAUGGAUAAUUGUUUGGCAUCAAACAGCGACACUGGGGGAGUUGGAUGCGACAACAUGACCAUGAUUGUAGUAGCCUUAUUGAAAGGAAAAACACUCGAGGAAUGGUACAAGGAAGUUGCAGACCGAGUCUCAAAGGGUGAUGGGCCAUGUGCACCUCCAGAGUACGGCAAGUCUUAAGCUUUCUUUCUGCCUGAGCAACUAUAAUGACGCGGUCAAAUUUAGCCGAAUUCCGGGGACCGGGGAUUCACCAUCGCUUUGAC